ACUCGGAGGAGACGCCCACCACGCCAACCACGACUCCCGUCGUCCUCUUCUUGGUUUCCGGUUUGGGGAUUCCUCGCUACAAUCCCUCGAUCCAGCACACGCCCAUCUGUUGUUCCUCCUCCUCCUCCUCCUCUCCGCUGCCGCCGAAGACUUCUCUCGAGCCAGCUCCGCUGCGAGAUUUUCCAGAAUCUGGUUAUGGCACUAAAGUUCUACAGGUAUCAGGCAGAGUUACUAGUCAAGAAUUACUUGCUGGCAGAUCCAUACAUUUCAUAUACUUCGGUGCUAGGUGGCAUUUUUCUCUGCAAGAUGGCAUAUGAUUUUACCCAGUUCAUCAGUUCUUUUUACUUCAAGGGUUACAGUUCCCUAACAAAGAUCCAACGGAUUGAUUGGAAUAAUCGGGGUAUGUCUAGCAUCCAUGCUAUCUUUGUAACAAUAAUGUCAAUUUACUUGGUGUUCUGCUCCGAUCUUUUCUCUGAUAAUACAAUCAACCUACCCAUUACAUUCCGAAGUUCAUCUCUCUCUACAUUUGGGUUGGGGGUCUCUGUUGGGUAUUUUCUUGCAGACCUUGCUAUGAUAGCUUGGUCAUACCCUUCACUCGGUGGAAUGGAGUAUGUUCUCCACCAUACACUUUCAGUGAUUGCUGUUGCUUACACCAUGCUGUCUGGGGAAGGUCAGUUUUACACAUAUUUGGUCCUUAUCUCUGAGAUAACUACCCCGGGAAUUAAUUUGCGAUGGUUUCUUGACACUGCAGGAAUGAAGAGGUCUCAAGCCUAUGUUGUGAAUGGCGCCAUGGUGUUCUUGGCAUGGCUGGUUGCAAGGAUUUUAUUGUUCAUCUACUUGUUUUACCACAUUUUUCUGCAUUAUGAUCAGGUCAGGCAAAUGCGUAGCUUUGGCUACCUCCUAAUUUUUGUGGUACCAUCAGCACUGGCCAUCAUGAACAUAAUAUGGUUUGGGAAAAUUUUAAAAGGGCUGAGGAAAGCCUUGAGCAAGGGAAAAUAGAUGAUGUAUCAGGUGUUUUCUUUUUUCCUGUAUAAAUUCUUGUUUUUCUUAGUUAGUUCCUUUUUAUUGAAACUAAGAGGACGUGAAACUUAAAAGAACAAAUCGCCGAAGCUAAUGAUCAGAAAGAUAUGAUGUCAAAAAGUCCAGUUAUCCUUUUUUAAAAAAAUAUUUAUUUUUAUGUAUCUAUUGUAUUUUCUUUUGAUAUGGACAUAGACCUGGCUUCACGUCUCUGUUAGUAAAAAUCUAGUGAACAUAUGGAUUGCUGACUCCAAAAUUUAUAUAAGAAACAACUGAUGCAAUUUAAUUCA